AUGGCGAGAAUAAUUAUCUUUGAUUUUUCAAUAAUAUGCAAUAACGUGUAUAUAUUAAAUUCCAGAAAUAACAACAAUUCAUGUGCUCCUCAACUACCAUGCUGUCUACCAGCGUGUUCGAUCCGAUGUCCCCCAUGCCCUGUAGUUUGUUGCACUCCACCUGUAAGCUAUCCCUGCAUGCCUUACGUGCCCCGUGUCCAAUGUAGGAUAGCUUGUCCGCCUUGUCCACCGAAACCUACUAAAGCGGUGGUUUAUCUGCCACCCUGUCCAACCUGCCCCUGUCCAACAAGUCCACCGAAACUAGAACUGACAUAUUGCCCGCCUCCACCACCGUGCUAUUAUGUUUGCAAGACGGAUUGUGUUCCCUGUAUUCCACCUUGCCCAAAGCCAGUCAUAUGCCCCUCACCUUGCAAAAUGAUUUGCCGUAAAUUUAUUAUCAUAUUUCUCUUUAGAAGAAUUUAUUGUUGAUAUUAAUAUAAGUUUCUCUCUUCGCAGCACCUUGUCCUCCCUGUUAGAAUAAACUGUUCUAAUUGGCAAGUCAAUGAUAAUUAUGUAACUGCAUGCAAAGAUGCGUCAUGAGCUUAUGUAAGAGCAAAAAAUACGAGCUUG